AAACCGCGUCCUUGGACAAGAAUCUAGUUAGUAUAGCACGCUAUAGUCGAGACGAAGCUCCACCUCCUACUACCAUGGCUUCUUCUUCUUCUUCUCCCCGCAUCCUCCUCUGCGGCGACGUCUUCGGACGCCUCCACCACCUCUUCAAACGCGUCCACUCGGUGAACCAAUCGACUGGGCCCUUCGAUGCCCUGCUCUGCGUGGGCCAGUUCUUCGCCGACUCCCCCGAUCGCCCCGACGAGCUCUCCGAUUACGUCGAUGGCCGCGCCGCCGUGCCCAUCCCGACCUACUUCACCGGCGACUACGGCGUCGGCGCCGCGCGCGUCCUCUCCGCUGCCGCAAAGCGCUUCCCCGACCGCGGCUUCGCGACCGAUGGGGUCGAGCUGUGCCCUAAUCUCUAUUGGUUGAAGGGAAGCGGCAGGUUCUCCCUCCAAGGGUUGUCGGUGGUAUAUUUAUCCGGUAAGAGGCCGGGUGAAGGGGAUGCGAGUGGUGGAUACAGCGAAGAUGAUGUAGAUGCACUGCGAGCCCUGGCGGAACAGCCUGGGAUAGUUGAUUUGUUCGUAACUAAUGAGUGGCCUAGCGGAGUGGCAAAUGGGGCCGACACUUCCGAAGCUCCAGCUGGGGUUAUGGAUCCUUCUGGUUGUGAUCCUGUCAUAGCUGAGUUGGCUGCUGAGAUUAAGCCCAGAUAUCAUAUAGCAGGUACAAAAGGUGUAUUUUAUGGGCGUGAACCCUAUUCCAACAGUGAGGCUGCACAUGUCACCCGUUUUAUCGGACUUGCUACAGUUGGGAACAAAGAUAAGCAGAGAUUUAUUCAUGCGAUUUCUCCUACUCCGGCAUCCUCCAUGUCGAACGCCGAAAUUCGUGCAAGACCACCAAACACCACCGAAUCACCAUAUCAGGAUAGUGCAAAAGUUACUCAUGCAGGGGAAGCUAAGAAACGCACUGUGGAUAUUGUUGACACACAGUAUUGGCGCUAUGAUGUUUCACAGAAACGGCAAAGACAAGGUGGUGCAGAUGGCAAAAGAUUGUGUUUUAGCUUUACAUCCUCAGGAAAUUGUUCUCGAGGGGAUAAAUGUAACUUUAGCCAUGAUAGUGAUGCCAGGGUGCAGUAUCAGAGAAAUGUUUGUUUUGAUUUUCUUAAUAAAGGAAAAUGUGAACGGGGUUCUGACUGCAAGUUCGGUCACAGCAUAUCUGAGGACGGGGCUAGUUUCUCUAGGGAAACAAGACCUCCUAGGCGCUCGGAGAAAACUUGUUGGUUCUGCUUGUCAUGUCCAAAUGUGGAGUUGCAUCUUGUGCUUAGUAUUGGGGAAAGUUACUAUUGUGCACUUGCCAAGGGCCCACUUGUUGAAAACCAUGUAUUAUUGGUGCCCAUUGAGCACUGUCCAAAUACUCUUAUGAUGUCUUCAGAAGCAGAGGCAGAGCUUGGAAGGUAUAAAAGUGCUCUCAAUUUAUAUUUCAAGAACCAAGAGAAAUCAGUGGUGUACUUUGAGUGGGUUUUUCAACACAGCCCUCAUGCUAACCUUCAGGCUAUUCCUAUUCCAUUGUCUAAAGCAUCCAGUGUCGAGAAGAUAUUUAGCUUAGCUGCCAAGAGAACAGGGUUUGAAUUUGUUGUGUUGAACCCAGACAAUGAUUCAACUGAUGGUAGAAAGCUACUGAGAUCUCAGUUUGAUGGUAAAUCAAGUCUGUUUUAUGUAGAGCUUCCUGAAGGUAAAAUACUCCUACAUCGUGUCGAUGACAAUGAGAAGUUCCCAGUCCAAUUUGGCCGUGAGGUGCUUGCAGGCUUGUUAAGAAUGCCAGAUCGAGCUGAUUGGAGGAAUUGCAAGGUUACCAAGGAAGAUGAAAUGAUGAUGGUCGAUGGUUUUAAGGAAGGUUUCCGUAAAUUUGAUCCCGCUCGAUGAUCGCAGGUGAACAAUUGCAUUCACCAUUUGAUGGUAUUGCAAUCUUGACCCAAAGAACCAAAAUGAAGGAUAAUGAUGCAUAAAGGAGUAGUGCAGCAAAGAGUUCCCUGCAUGAUACUGAACAGCAAACUUUUUGAUAAGAGGUAAUGGGAAUCGCUGUACUUGUUUUUGAGCUCGCUCGUGGGAUUCUCUGAAUAAUAUUCUGCAGGUUCCACUGGUACUUUUAAGUUUGCCAUGGUAGGAGGUAGAACGGAUAGUUCUGUUAGAAAUUCUGUUAUUUAAUAGUCGGAUUAACAUUUUGUUACUUGCUGACUUACGUCUGAUGUGUUCGAACAGUACUGUCUACUAAACAACACAAAAGCAGCUGUCGUUAUCAUGCUAGUAAUCUGGUUAGUGAACCUGCCAAAGGAAAUUUUCAGGUAUAUUCGCAUGCCCGUGUGUUGUUGCGCGUGUAAUUGUGUAAUUCUUUGUGUGAAAAGGGGCUUUUCACCGCAAAAAGCAGCGGCUUGUGCCAUACAGAUUUUAAACCUGGCUUGGCUUGGUGUGCACUUGAUUCAUUUGGCCUGCUGAAAUUUAUUUGUCAUCAAAUUAUGACAUGUAUUUUAAGAUCUGAACCUUGGACUAUAAUCCAUGUGAUAUGACAUGGCAUUCUCUCAAUUGAAGUAUCGUCGGAAGAACGGGCCGAGUGUAGUCACUAGCCUUUGUUCGGUGGGGCCCAAUUCUCUCGGUGUAGGCCAGAAGUGGGCCGUGGCCCAUGCUCUCUCAAUCCAAAUUAUGAGGAUAGUUCGGCCCACAACAGAAAAAAGAUUAGGCCUUGUAAGCUGGAGAUAUAACACAUUGUUAAAACAAUGCCAUAUCACCAGCAAAUAUACUUGUAUUCUAACUUUUUCGGGUAAGCGCAAUAUAUAUGGCAGUAAACAGGAAAAA